AUGGCUGUCCGCAGCGGUAACGCCUUGACGCCUUUCUCCAUCCAGGCCAUCCUCAACAAGAAGGAGGAGCGCGCACAGCACUUGGCGGGGCGGCCGCCGCCAGCCACCCCCACCGCGCCCGCUUGCUGCUGGCGGCUGUUCGGCGAGAAGGCGGAGGCGGGCGAGGCUUUGCUGCAGUCCCCGGCCUGCGCCCGGGCUGCGCCGGCGGCAGCGGGGAGGACGAUGGGAGCCCCGGCGGGCUGGGAUUCGGACUCGGCGCUCAGCGAUGACCACGAGGGCGAGAGGCGCUCGGAGGAGGAGGGCACUGGGGUGCAGCAGGGGCCGCCCGGCAGCACCGCUCGCUCCAGAGAGGCCCCUGGUCGGGGGCGGCCUGCGCGGGAGGCUCAGCCCCGGGAUCAGGAGGAAGAGCCCCCGGGCCUCAGUGACAGUGAGAUGUCGGCCAGCGUUUCAGAUCGCAGCCCGCCGGAGGAGGAGGACGGCGGCAGCAAGUGCGAGAAGCUGCUGGCCGGGGAGGAGGAGCAGGCGGCCCCCAAGCCGCGGAAGAAGCGCUCGCGGGCGGCCUUUUCCCACGCGCAGGUCUUCGAGCUGGAGCGGCGCUUCAACCACCAGCGCUACCUCUCGGGCCCGGAGCGAGCCGACCUGGCCGCCUCGCUCAAGCUCACCGAGACCCAGGUGAAGAUCUGGUUCCAGAACCGCCGCUACAAGACCAAGCGGCGCCAGAUGGCCGCGGACCUGCUGGCCUCGGCCCCGGCCGCCAAGAAAGUGGCGGUGAAAGUGCUGGUGCGGGACGAUCAGAGACAGUAUCAUCCGGGGGAGAUGCUGAGGCCGCCCUCGCUGCUUUCCCUGCAGCCUUCCUACUACUACCCCUACUACUGCCUGCCCGGGUGGGCCCUGUCCACCUGCACCGCAGCCGCGGGGACUCAAUGA